UUAUAAACAGGCUCCCCGCCCCCUGCUUGUGCGUGCUCCUGGAGGAGUGCACAGCCUACCGCAGCAUCCCAGUGCCCUCUGUGCGUAGGUCCCCGAAUCAUGUAAUCACUGAUUGGCCAAUCAAUGAUCAAAUGCAGAGUAGUAAGCAAGAUGUCACUUCUGAUAUCAUUGCUUACUACGUGUGAAAAAUCUGUGAAUGAUCAGACGCCACUGAGAAAUUUCUGUGCGAGCUGUGAUUGGUCACAGCUUGUCACAUGGUACAAGGCUGUUGUGAAUAGCCUUGUACAAUGUGACCUCUGUGAUCAUUCGCAG